AUGGUGCUGCGGCGGGUGCUGCUGGCGCUGCUCAGCAACCCGCACCUCAUCGAGAAGCUCUCCGAGUCGCGGCCCAUCCGCGCCGCCGCCCGCCUCACCGCCAGCGCCAUCACCCGAGGGCAGCUGGGCGCCCGCCGGGCGGCGAGGGACCUGCAGCCCGGCCUGACCCGCCUGCGGGACGCCUUCCUGGGGCGGCUGAAGGACGACGGCCGGCCGCGGGGCUGGCCGGAAUCCCCCGGAAGGGGAUCGGGACCGGGACGGGGACCGGGACGGAGCAGCCGGCCCUGAGCGGCGGGAGGAGGCGGCCGUGCGGGGCGUGCGCGUGGCCGGGCCCAUGGAGACGGUUCGGCGGUGACGGCCGGAGCGCGGCGACGGCACCGAACGGAGCGGGGGGACCCGAGGAGCGGCACGAAGGCGGCCACGGAGCGCUGCGGUGGAGCCGGUCACCGUGUCUGUCACCGUGUCACCAUCACUUCGUACUGUGCACGGCGCUCAGCUACAAGCAGCGGGCAGGCUUACAUCGAGCGUCAUCCAGAAUACUGUGAAGAUUGUCACUGCGUGAUGUGAACCCUCAAAUAAAGCCAUUUCUCACCAGAGGUCCUGUAACGAUUCCUAUCCGUGCAGCAGCGGUAGUCUACAUAGUCUGUGCUUGUAUGGCAGCUUGGAGACAAAGAGACAAAGCUCUAGUGAUGAUGAUGAUGGGUAGAAUGGAAGAAAUGUAUCCAUUGUCCUGAUAGGCUGGGCUGCUUUGCUUUCAGUACUGUAUGAACAUCCACGAGACUUAAACAGCUUUGCCACAUACCUCGGGGUGCAGCUGACUGCAUGCUGAGGUAACCCAGGAGGAAGACUGCCAUAGUUGGUAUCACUGCACGUUAAAGGGGAGCCUCCCUAUGAGACAGAAUCCUACAAUGGCAUAGGUUGAAAAGGAGCACAGUGAUCAUCUAGUUUCAAAUCCCUGCUAUGUGCAGGGUCGCCAACCACCAGACCAGGCUGCUCAGAGCCACAUCCAGCCUGGCCUUGCAUCCAGGGAUGGGGCGUCCACAAUCUCCUCGGGCAAGAUACGUGGCUUCCAGUUCUGCUGGUAAAAUUAAACUGAAAAAUUGAAUCUAUGAUGUACUCAAUAAAAGUCCAUCUGAUGAGACAGAA